AUGAAUUGCAAUUGUCUGAAACAUACUUUCGUUCACACUGUGUUGACAACAAAAAUGUCAACUUCAGGUCCAUUCUCUAGUACUACAGCAUUUUGUGUCAAAUGCGGCUCCAUACUUCCAUUAUUACAAGAUUUUGGAUCAGUGAAAUGUUACGCUUGUGCAGCAAUUUAUGAUGCAGACAGUUUCAGCAAUAUUAAGUUUAGCUACACAAUUCCAUUCAAUACAGUGUCAACCUUGAAUAAUGACAACAUCCUUAAUCUGGACAAUCCUGAUGGACCUGUAGUGGAACGGAAAUGUCCGAAAUGUGGCUCUGACAGAAUGUCUUAUGCUACUCUGCAGUUGCGAUCUGCAGAUGAAGGACAAACAGUCUUUUACACAUGUGUUUCAUGCAAGUUCAAAGAGACAGAAAAUUCGUAAAUUUGUGGUGAAAGAGACACCGGUGUAUAUAAAUUACUUGUUAAUAUUUUUUAUAUGAUAAUUAAAUAAAAUAUUUUUCAAA